UGUCCAUUUUUUCCUCCCCUUUGCCUUCUUCUCUCUCUACUAUAAUUACCCAACAUUGUAAUUACAUCCUUCAUUUAGAUUUAGAUCAAGAAUUAUAUCCAAAGGGAGUAAAAUAUGAAGUUUGGUAAGAGACUCAAGAAGCAAAUAGAAGAAACACUUCCUCAAUGGAGAGACAAGUUUCUGUCCUACAAAGAACUCAAGAAGUUAGUUAGGCAAAUCUCGGCCGCUCCGGCGUCCGCUGAGGCUGAGGCUGAGUUUGUGAGGUUGCUUGAUGAAGAGCUUGAUAAGCUUAACUCGUUCUUUGAAGAACAAGAGGAAGAGUUUAUUAUUAAGCAAAAGGAGUUGCAAGAGAGGAUUCAGAGAGUUAUUAAUGGGUCAAUGGAGGAAGAGGAGGAGAUGGCUGUGAUAAGGAAGGAACUUGUUGAUUUUCAUGGAGAGAUGGUGUUAUUGGAGAACUAUAGCAGUGUUAAUUAUACGGGCUUGGCCAAGAUCUUGAAGAAGUACGACAAAAGAACUGGAGCCCUGCUCCGACUUCCAUUCAUCGAAAAAGUACUACAACAACCCUUUUUCAUGACCGAAAUGAUUUCAGAACUGGUAAAAGAGUGCGAGAGCACAAUGGAAGUGGUAUUCCCAGCUGCAGAAGAGCUAGCUGAGAGAGGAGAAAUGCAAGCCAAUGCUGCGGCAGAGCAGAGCAUUUUCAGAAGCACGGUUGCAGCUCUGGUUACAAUGCAGGAACUGAGGAAUGGGAGCUCCACUUACGGCCACUUCUCGCUUCCCCCGCUGAAUUUACCAGAAAACGAUUUCUUGAAGUCGUUUCAAGUUCUGUCGCCAAUUCCUAUUCCGUGAUGGUUGAUGUAGAAAGACUCUCGGUAGGUUAUAUAUGUGUGUGCGUCUGUGUUGAAAAGAGAGGAUCGUGGAAAGUUGAAAUGGAAAAAAACUUUGGUAACGGGGAGAGAUUAGUCGGAAAAGCCUUUUAUUUUGUUGUGGGUUACAUUUUUAAGAAAUGGCUUCACAUCCGUUUGCCUCUGGUUUGAGAUUUA